UUUUUUGCCAAAUAUUCUUUUGUUUUCUCCCGAUUUAUUUAAAAUGUCAGCAUUCUACAGAGAACAGAUUAACAACCUUUUCAUUCCCGCCACUAAAAUCGUAGAAAACCAGAAAACCUUCCCUGUCCCGAUAAAAUGCCUUACCCAGACUACGACCCAAUUUCAUGAUUGUAUAAGGUCUAUUAUUGGCGACCUUGAUAUCGAAAAACAAAAUGCAACAUUCCUUCUUGACAACUUAUCCUUAUCCCACUCACAAUGGAUGGCUCUGAGGACUUCAAUGACUGAAAAUGAAAGGCUAAACGACAGCCGAAUAUUCGAUGAAUUCCUACAAAAAACACCAUAUUUAAAAAUUAUUAAUGAAAUUAAACGCUACUCCCGUAAACUACGUUGCUACCGUAAUAAUUUAGAAAAUUCCUUACCUAAAAAUUGCUUACAAUUUGACCAUUCUGACCUCCUUCCCGAAUUAAAUUUAGCACCAGAUUGUAUUACAACUUUAAAAUCUCCCCCGAACCAACCUUUUAAAGAAAAUCUUCAAAGCCCUUUACCAGCACCCUAUAAUUCAGGCAACCAUUUUUAUUCUAACCAGACCCAUACUCAGAUUAAUUUAUCGCCAAAUCCUUUAAACCAAGAAAACCUUCCUUCCACCCAAAAUUCAAACAUUUUAAGAAAUGAAUUUAAUAAUUUUUACGGCUCCCAAAUUCUAAACCACCAAUCUUCUAACAAUAAUUAUAAAGAAAUUUCCUUUGGACCACCUCCCGGCUUUGACUCCUUUGAAAAGAUUCCCAUUAUUGAUAAAAGUAAACCUGAUGACAUCAAAAAUCCUAAUUGUGAAGAAUUAAUCCCAUUACCAGAGCUUAUAAAUGAGAAUUGUGACAACAAACAACACAUUAAUUCCGAAGAAUCACAACAUAAUCUAAAUGAUAAUCCCCCUCCCGGCUUUCCUCCUCUCGAAGAGAUUUGUAUUAUUACAGACAAGAAUAGUUCUGAUGAUUUUAAAGAUUCCAUUUGGGAAGAACAAAUCCAAUUACCAGAAAUUAUAAAUGAAGAAUAUGAGGACGAACAACACACUUAUUUGGAAGAAUCACCAACUGAUCUGAUUAAUAAUUCCCCUCCAAGUUUACAUGAUUCCCAGUCUAAUAAUUUAGAAACUCCCAUUCCAUAUGAAACCAAUUACAUUCCUAAAUCAGAAUAUUUAAUGAAAGAAUCUACAAUAAUUACCACCGCUCCUAAUUACCAAGAAUUUUUUUAUGUAAAAUCAAGAAAAGACAACAUCCCCAGGCUCCGUAAAAAACAAAAGAUAGAAUUGCCCAAACAAAUAUGCAGAGAACCAACAAUUAUAAACCCUUCCCGACCCAAUAUUACCACCCCACAAAUACGCCCUAAAAGGAUUAAAGUAGUCCAUCCGAUUAAACUUAAACAUUGCAACACCCCCACUAAAAAUAAUGUCCAUUUGAAUUGUUUGAAGCAUACCCAUAAAGAAAAUCCUUCCUCUCAACUUCCUCCAUUGAAAGCAACCCGAAUAAAUAAGAGAAGAAAUCUUACUAUUAAAAAAUUGUCUACUACUUUGUCAAAUAUUAAGUUGUUUGAACUACAAUUUAUUCUACACGAGGUAAUAAAUUGGAAAGAAAUACUCUCCAUGAUUGACAAACAAGACUUCACAGCAGAGCACCAAACCACUGCUAACAAGAUUGGUAAGAUUAAAUGUAAAUAUAUAGAAAGUAAUUCCCUCAAUUUUACCCUCUUCCUAAUUCCGCACAUAUGCUCCUCCCAAGAAUAUGAAUGUGCCUUUAGUCCAAGAAUAUGCUUUUGAAUCAAAGAAUGAUGAUACAUACUUUUGUGUAAAGAAAAGAAAAUUUGAAGUGAAGAAAAGAA